AUGGCAACAAUGACGCUUUUUAGGCCCACUCAAUUACACAUGAACUCCAAAAUUAUCUUCAAUAGACCUUUCGAACUCGUAUUCAAGAAAUCUAAUCAAUUGAACAUGCUAGCAGGCAUGGGAUUUGGUAGACUAAUUCAAACAAGAUUCAUAACGGAGAACGCGGAAUCGGCAAAACGAGGAAAGGAUAAAUUACAUAAGAUAAUUUCUAAAUCACGACUACUAACGAGGUUGAACAAAAAUCCCAAAUUCUCUCAUUACUUUGACCGGAUUAGCGAGGCCGGUACGGUCCCAACAAUAACGUCAUUUUUCAUCUUGCAUGAAUUAACAGCAAUACUACCGCUUUUUCUACUAUGGUGGCUAUUCUAUAAUCUCGAUAUCUCUGAUGAUCUCAAGCUGCCCAACUUCUUAAACGGGUUAAUGGAGAGUUGUCAUGCUGCUAUGGAGAGAUUUGUUGGUAAGAGAUAUCAGGAAUGUCUCAACAAAAACAAACUGAUCUUGUCUGGCACAAUAGCUUACGUUACAGUUAAAUUACUUUAUCCGGUGCGCAUUUGUUUUAGUAUUUGGGGAGCACCGUAUUUUGGUAAAUGGUUAUUGCUUCCUUUUCAAAAGCUAAAGCACCUUAUUAAGAAAUAG